UUUUUUAUGUUUACGACUUCACAUCCAAUGGAGACGAGAACCUGCAGGUUUCCUUCCUGUCGCACAGACUUCUGGCAGAGUGUUGUGAAACCGACAGAGAGUGUUUCCAGGCCGGCAGUAAACAUGAUGGAUUCCUCUGUCCUCUGCUCUGUAAGAAUGGAGGCGUCUGUCUUCAGAAGGAUCGGUGUCUCUGCCCGCCAAACUUCACCGGGAAGUUCUGUCAGAUCCCCGUCACCCCCUCCUCAACCAAUGAGGUCGUGAAGCUCUCGGCCAAUGAGGAGCUCUCUGAGUUCCUGCUGCCGCUCGGACCGAGCCCGGAGACGGGGACGUCCGGAGCUCCCAGCCCCUCCAUGGUGAAGGUCAGAGUGCAGCACCCCCCCGAGGCCAGCGUGAAAAUCCACCAGGUGCUGAAGGUGUCGGGGUUCCCCCCUCCCCUGCGGAGCCUCUCCUCCUCCUCGGGGUCUGCGGGGGCCCCAGCCCCUGCAGGUGGGGGUGGGCAGCCCCAGACGCUGAGGGCGGGGGGCUUCACCCAGCAGGCGGGGUUCAAAUACUGCUUCAGAGACGUGAAGGACGGACAGUGCAGCUCUCCUCUCCCCGGGCUGAGGAGCAGGGAUAUGUGCUGCAGAGGGAUCGGGAAGGCCUGGGGGAUCACAGACUGUGUGCUCUGCCCUGCUUAUAGAGAUCAGAGCAACAGCAGCUGUCCUGUUGGGUUUGAACGGGUCAACGGGUCGGAGUGUGUCGAAGUGAAUGAGUGCCUGCAGCCGGGCCUGUGUGAGAACGGGAUCUGUGUGAACACCAGGGGGAGCUAUAGCUGUGUGUGUAGGGAGGGGUUCAUCCUCGACGCCUCGCACGGACUCUGCAUCUCCCACAGUGUGAUCUCUGAGGAGCGGGGGCAGUGUCACCGGGUGCUGGGGGGGGGUCCGACCUCCUGCUCGCUGCCCAUCCUGAGGAACAUCAGCAGGCAGAUCUGCUGCUGCAGCCGCGUGGGGAAAGCCUGGGGGCCGAACUGCCAGAGGUGCCCCUACUUCGGAUCAGUGGCCUUUAAGGAGAUUUGUCCCGCUGGACCCGGGUAUCAAUACUCAGCUUCAGUCCUGCAGUUCAACCAGAGAGCCUCCGAGCAGCUGGGGAACCGAGGAGCAUCCCUGCUGAACCAAGGGAACCAGGAGAACCAGAAGAACCAGAGGAACCAGGGGAACCAGGAGAACCAGGGGAACCGAGGAGCACCCCUGCUGAACCAGGAGAUCCAGAGGAACCAGGAGAACCAGAGGAACCAGGGGAUCCAGGAGAACCAGGGGAACCGAGGAGCAUCCCUGCUGGACCAGGAGAACCAGAGGAACCAGGGGAACCAGAGGAACCAGGAGAACCAGAGGAACCAAGAGAACAAGGAGAACAAGGAGAACCAGGGGAACCAGAAGAAUCAGGGAAACCAGGGGAGCCAGGGGAACCAGGAGAACCAGAGGAACCAAGGUUCUGGGCCUCAGCAGAAACCCUCGUCCUCUGGAGCCACAGCUGCUGGAGCCAGUUCUAGUUCUGGUACCAGUUCUAGUUCUGGUACCAGUUCUAGUUCUGGAGCCAGUUCUAGUUCUGGUACCAGUUCUAGUUCUGAUACCAGUUCUAGUUCUGGAGCCAGUUCUAGUUCUGGUACCAGUUCUAGUUCUGGUGCUGGAUCCAGCUCCGGAUCAUCUGGUCCCAGCAGAACCAGCGUCAGACCCGCCCUCCCACCACCACCUCAGCCCCGUCCAGACCCCCCACUCUCCUCCGGGCCGCUGCAGCCCGGCAGCAGCACGGCCCUCCAGGACAGACCCAGGACUCCGGUCCGACCCGACCCGUCGCUCACAACCCGACCACAGCCUCCGUCCACCGGGAGUCAGGGGAGUCGCUCCUCCUCCGAUCCUCCAGCAGGGGGGGUCUCCCUCCCCGCUCCGGCCCAGCCUCAGAGCCCCGACCGCGGGUCGAGACCUGUCGGAGAACGGCCUCCUCUCCAGAGCCCGACCCCCCCACCAGCCCGGGUCCAGACAGUGCGAGGUGUGUGUGAGAGCAGACCCGGUGUGUGUGGGCGUGGUCGCUGCGUGGAUCAGCCAGGGGGGAAACACACCUGUGUGUGUGACCAGGGGCACCAGAUCAACUCUCAGCGCACAUCCUGCCAAGAUGUGAAUGAGUGUGUGCAGUCUCCAGCUGUGUGUGCAGUGGGACAGUGUGUGAACUCCGUGGGGAGCUACAGGUGUGUGUGUCCGUCAGGGUACAGGAGCACCAGCCAGCAGACCAGCUGUCAAGACGUGGACGAGUGUCUUCAGUCUCCGUGCAGCGACGGUCGCUGUGACAACACACCGGGCAGCUACAGGUGUGUCUGUCGCCUUGGUUACCGGCUCAUCGGCAACGUCUGCACAGAUGUGGAUGAGUGUGAGGACCCCCUGCAGUGUCCGGGUCAGGAGUGUUUGAACAGUCUCGGUUCGUAUCGCUGCGUCUCCUGCAGACCGGGGUUCAGACUCAUCAACAGACUCUGCACAGACGUUGACGAGUGUCGCCGGGCGCCGUGCUCCAACGGUCGCUGUGAAAACACACCGGGAAGCUUCCACUGCGUCUGUCGCCAUGGAUACAAGCUGCAGAACAACACCUGCACAGAUGUGGAUGAGUGUGCAGAGCUUUCUCAGUGUCCAGGUCAGAUGUGUGUGAACACGGUGGGAUCGUACCGCUGUAUGUCGUGCAGAACGGGAUACACACUCACCAACAGACAGUGUGCAGAUGUAGAUGAGUGUGAGGACAGCGGCUCGUGUCCUGGUCAGCAGUGUGUGAACACAGAGGGAUCGUACAGCUGUGUGUCCUGUCAGCCCGGGUACCACAGUGUGGGGGGGCUGUGCCAAG